UCAAGCCAGGAUAUGGUUUCCUAAGGGCCUCUACCACCCACACAUCACAAGGGAUAAACGAAUAUCCUGGGCCAUGACUGCCCUGCUUGCCAAUGUCAGUGUACCCAGGAGCACAGCGGUUCUGCUGCCAACCACAGACUGCCCUAUUAACCUGACUGCAGCUGCCCAGUCAGGGGAACUGGGGCCAGGCCGAUCACUGGCCCCUCUGUGCACCCUCUGCUGCUGUGGCCUUCUCAAUCGCACCUUGACAGUGAUUUUCAUGGUGACCCUGGCCUUUGCCAUUGUGGUUGGAAAUGUGGUCACCCUUACUGUCUUCAUGCAAACAAGACAGUCCCGAACACCGCAGGGAUACCUGAAAGUCUCCCUGGCCAUCGCAGACAUGAUGGUGGGCGUCCUCGUGGUCCCCUUCUCUGUCUACACUGAGAUCUCUCUGAUGGUAACCAGCACGCCUCCCGUCUGGUACCAGGGUAGUUCCUCCGCCUCCUCCUUGUCCUCUCUGGGCGGGUUAGUCGGCCCUUGGCAGCCCUGCAUGCUGAUUGGUCCUGUGUUUGCUGGAUGCACCUUUGUCUCCAUCAGCACCAUCUUCCUCAUGACGGUGGAGCGUAGUGUGGCGAUCCUACGGCCACUGCACAAGGACGCCUUGGUCACACGAAGACGAACUCUACUCCUCAUCCUCCUCUCCUGGGCCGCGAGCUUCCUGCUGGCUCUUGCGCCCCUCAUUUUCAGCGGCAACUUUACUCUGGAGUAUAACGAAUGCAGCCGCAUGUGUAACUACACCCCCCUGUGGUACGGAGGCCAGCUGCCACCCGAUGCCAACAUCCUGCUGUUAUUCCCAGCAUUUGACUUCACACUGCUUGGUGGCACAUUGGCAGUUAACAUCCUGUCAUUCACUAGCAUCCGCCGCUACUCCCGUAAACGAAAACUGCUCUCGGAGGGCAGCCUACGUGAUGGAGGGGGAGCAGGAGGAGGAGGGUGCCCUCACAGGCCGUCCUUUUCAGACAUUAAAGCCGCCAAGACAAUUGGCAUACUAACGUUUGCCUUCACGGCAUCCUUCUCUCCAAUUGCAGUGUUUGUGCUGGGGAAUGUAGUGGGAUACACCUGGUGUAACUUCUCCUUCUUUGCCUUCUGGAUCCUAGCAGGGAACAGCUGCUGUAAUGUCAUCAUCUACAGCGUCAGGGACCAUCGCUUCAGGAAGGGUGUGACCCUGCUGUUUCAGAGAGACCAGUCCCCACCACAUGGUGAGAAGACCUGA